CAGAACCAGAGCCCCACCCCUUCCUGCUCACUGUGCUCACUGUGCUCACCGUGCUGACCAGGAAGUGGAGUGAGAGAGGCUGGUGAGUAAACCUUCCACAAUACACAGCAUGAAUGGGAAGGCUCUGAGUGAUGGCUGAGCCCCUACAUGUCAGGCUGGCUGAGGAUCAUAGGAAGGAGCGUACAGAAAAAAACAGCACUCCAAGCCCAUCACUGAGCUCCAGGGAUUCCCAGCCAUCACCCAGCCAGCCGGUGUACACUGAGCCGUCACUCGGCCAGCCGGUGUACACUGAGCCGUCACCCGGCCAGCCGGUGUACCCUGAGCCGUCACCCGGCCAGCCGCUGUACGCUGAGCCGUCACCCGGCCAGCCGCUGUACGCUGAGCCGUCACCCGGCCAGCCGGUGUACGCUGAGCCGUCACCCGGCCAGCCGGUGUACGCUGAGCCGUCACCCGGCCAGCCGGUGUACGCUGAGCCGUCACCCGGCCAGCCGGUGUACGCUGAGCCGUCACCCGGCCAGCCGGUGUACGCUGAGCCGUCACCCGGCCAGCCGGUGUACGCUGAGCCGUCACCCGGCCAGCCGGUGUACGCUGAGCCGUCACCCGGCCAGCCGGUGUACGCUGAGCCGUCACCCGGCCAGCCGGUGUACGCUGAGCCGUCACCCGGCCAGCCGGUGUACGCUGAGCCGUCACCCGGCCAGCCGGUGUACGCUGAGCCGUCACCCGGCCAGCCGGUGUACGCUGAGCCGUCACCCGGCCAGCCGUUGUACGCUGAGCCGUCACCCGGCCAGCCGUUGUACCCUGAGCCGUCACCCAGCCAGCCGGUGUACACUGAGCCGUCACCCAGCCAGCCGGUGUACACUGAGCCUUCACCCAGCUAGCAGGUGUAAACUCAGCCAGCCAGUGUAAGCUCAGCCAUCACUCAGCCAGCCGGUGUAAACUCAGCCGUCACUCAGCCAGCCGGUGUAAACUCAGCCGUCACUCAGCCAGCCGGUGUAAACUCAGCCGUCACCCAGCAAGCCGGUGUAAACUGGACCGUUACCCAGCCAGCCGGUGUAAAUUCAGCCAUCACUCAGCCAGCCAUUGUAAACUAAGCCAUCACCAUGCUAGCCAGUGUAAACUAAGCCGUCACUCAGCUAGCCAGUGUAAACUGAGCCGUCACUCAGCCAGCCGGUGUACACUGAGCCGUCACCCAGCCAGCCGGUGUACACUGAGCCGUCACCCAGCCAGCCGGUGUACACUGAGCCUUCACCCAGCUAGCAGGUGCAAACUGAGCCGUCACCCAGCUAGCCGGUGCAAACUGAGCCGUCACUCAGCCAGCCAGUGUAAACCCAGCCAUCACUCAACGUCUUUGCAGAUCUUUGAAAGUGACAGAUCUUUAAUUUUUUUUGUGGUUUUCACAUGUUAAUUUCUAGACCAUGUGUGUCCCACUACAACAAUACUCCUGUGUAGACAUUUGACAGAUUAUACCUUUUCACCAGGUCGACUCAAUGACCAGUUUCUAUCAAAUGUUGCAUUUAGUUUUAUUUAUUUAUAAUACAUAUGGCAUAUUAAUGUCAUAUAUUUCUCGUACGUUUUGUGUUUUACUAGUUUGAAUAGACCAGAUUUUUAAUCUGCUUUAUCUUCCCACAUUUAUACCAUUGCCAGGUUUUUGGUGUGCUCUAAUUUUAACAUAGCUUUUCAGAGAUGCUAUGUUGGUGGAAUGGCUGUGCCAGCAAUACAUACUGACCAUCGACAAACACUAACAUUGUUUUUUUAACCCUGUAUAGCCGAACACAGUCUAAUCCUAACACUAUCUAUAUCCCGCUUCAACCCUGUCCAUACCUAACGCUAGCUCAAACGAAUACCAACUGUGUGCUGUUUAGUGUAUUUGCCUCUGAUCUAAUUGAUAGCUGUGAGAGCUAAUGGCAGUAAAGAAAAGUCGUAAGUUUCAGUUAAGGCUUGUCUCACAGGGAUUGGAUCUCAGUGAGAUCAGAUAGCCUUGAGGCCUCAAUGCUGAAUUAACCCGCCGAUUGGUCAGUGACAGCUGAACCCAGCAUGCACUCCUGCAGCUAGAGACCAGCUGUCACUAAUUGCUUAGAAUUGCUAUAAAUAGGCAAUAUUUAUAGGAAGGAGUCAAACAAAAAAUACUCUAUAAACUGUCCAAAGCAUACCCAACUUAAAGUGUUCUCCAAAAACAUCACAAAGAGUUGUGAGUGAACCAUCAUGCAGGCUUUAGAACAAAGUAGUUGGACUUAAAGACAACAACAAAAAAACAAUAUCCAGCUUAGCCAGUUUGGGUAGAAAUGAAAGAGAGGGUGAGCGUUAUGAAAUUGCAGGAAUGUUAAAAAUUUUUUCUUUUCUGAUAGGUUAUUAAGCACCCGAGGAGCUUUGUAUAAGAUGGCCGCUUAGCCUGCUUCCUUGUUGGAUCAGUAAAUGAAGCAUUGUCUGAUGGAAGUGUGUCUUAAAUUACAGUGGCUGCAGUGACUGAGCAUGUUCCUUUGAUAGUGUGUUUUUUUUUAAAUCCAGUAUUUUGUCCAAAAAUUUGCCUCAUUUUGUUACAAUACAGGUUUUAGUGAAUAAACCCACUGUGUUCUAUUCUAAAAUGUAUUUCCAUCAUCAUAGAUUAACACGGAUACUAUAGUUAUAAUCAGUUUAUUAUAAUGUCAAGGCUCUUUCACAAGUUUUAUUUUGGGGUACUCGGUACUGAACAACUGGCAAUUUACUGCCUUUUAGCAGUUACCUAUGGGGGAUACAUAACUUCCAUUUACAGGUACAGGUGGAGUGUAAAUAUUGUUCCAGUCAAUGUUCUAACCAUGUGUAAUUAAUUAUCUUGUUUCUAAUCUCCAUUUACAACAAAUCAGUAAGUCUUUCAGGCACGGUCAGUCCCUCUCUUCUUCAGCAGCAUCAGUGAUGAUUAUAAUUUUUUAUAAUAAUCAGUCCUGAUGAAACGUACUUCGAGUGCUGUUACACUGUACUUGACUGAUGUUUGAUUUAGCUACUUUUUGCUAUUUUUGACUUUGUAAUGUAUUUUUUCACUAUGAGACAUUGGUUGAUUGGCUGGCAAAUCCUUCUGGACGAGGUAGCAAUCGACUGAGAUUAAUAAGAUUCGGGAACAUUCUUCCAAGGUCUCCCUGUUUUGCUUUAAUACUUCAUUUUUGACUCACUGACUAGUUUUUUUCUGAGGUUGUAUUCAGGUAUAAGGGAGACCCCUGCUGUCAGAUCUCUAUCAUUGCUGCACAUAUAUUGUCAUCUAAGCACAAUCAUCGCUUUUUUUCUAUACUUUGGGAAAUAAUCACUGUAUAACAAUGACAACAGUGACCUCUAUAGGCCUGAGAUGAGUAUUACAUUCUUUCCAGCCAGAUUUGAGAAAUAAGCUAAUUUCCUAUGUACCUGUAUCUGAUAAUUAAAGGACCACUAUAGGGUCUCUAGGUCCCCCCCACCCUUAGGGUCCCCCUCCUGCCGGGCUCUAGGGUGAGGAAGGGGUUAAACACAUAACAUUCCCCCUCAUCGGCUGAAUGUGCAUGCGCGGCAAGAGCCGCGCGCGCAUUCAGCCAGUGAAUGCUUUCCUAUGGACGCUGGCGUCUUCUCACUGUGAAAAUCACAGUCUCUCAAUCCCCUCUGUUCCUGUGUGUCCCACUCGUCUGGUUACAAAAACUUGUCUGUUAGUCCACCUAUUGUACAGCGCUACGGAAAUUGUUGGUGCUUUAUAAAAAUGAAUAAUACAUUUUUGUUUACUAAGUGGACCAGCAGUGUGUUGUCCUGGCAGCAUGAUAAAUAAAAUGAGUCGUAUAAAAUGUAAUGUUACAUUUUAUACUUUCUGUAUGCCUGUUUCCUUCUCUGUUGGGUCCCUCCCCCUCCAAGCCCCAUUUACAGGUGUAUUUUCUUUCUUUUUUUUUUUUUUUUUUUUUUUACAAAUCCUCAUAAAGCGACCAAGUAAAAGUGAGUUGAAGAGUUUACAGAGGCCAUUUAAGAGUUUUUCAGUAGUUUGUGUCUUGAAAGAUGUUAUCAGGGGCUGCAGGGAGAGGAGGAAUGUCAGGGGAGAUGGGGAGAUAACUAGCAUUUCCCAUAGCAACUGUCACUAUGAAAUAUUGUAAAUGGGAAAACCUCAUGUCCCUCCAGCAUUGAUAGCAUUCUGUGACUAGCUUGGCAAAAAUGGCCCAAUUCUUACAAUAAUUUCAAUGUGUCCAGUAUUCAAAGACAUUUGACCUUUUUUAUGCUUCUGGUCAUUGCAAAUUUCCCUCGCUCCCAGGGAAGAAGGGUGGGAUCCUAUUCUAGCAAAGCUCUAUAAACUAAUCAUUCUCACUCAGGAACAAGUGACAUAGCAUGAUGCAUGGCGAUGACAUACAUUUGGCCCUGUCACUUGUUAAUCAUUUCUCACCACCUGGUAAUUGAUAACAAAAAGAUACUGGAAGGUAGUGAGGGUGAGUUAGCAUAAUGUCACUCUGGCUAUAAUGAUCUUUCCCUGUGCUUCGGAAUGCAGGAUAUAAAAAAUUGUGGGAUUCAUGUUGCACAGGUCCAGCUGAGAAUGUCUAGACUUCAGAAACAUUAUUAUAACACAGAUCUAUUCUGCUACCCUUUACAAUUAUAGAAUUGGGGUAUUUCACAACACAAGUUUACAAUUUAUAAGGUUGAGAUAUAUAUUGUAUGUGUGUAAAAUAACAGAUAAAAUUUGUAUCUUGUAAUCCUUUUUUUUUUUUUUUUUUUUUGCAAUGACAAGUUUCCGGGAGAACCUCCCUUUCUCAAGUUUAAAUCAUUUCUGAGCAAAAACCUAUACAUAGAAUUCAAAGUGGAGUUGUGAUACUUGGGUUUGCAUGAGUGCAGAUAAGACUCAGGUCUAUUAGAAAAGAGAGACCAUUCUCAGAGCGGGUUUUAAAUAUCUUGUGUAAGGAUCACAGGGUGGGGGCAGAGAAAAAACAACCAGUGCAGAUGGUACUAGAAGGGGAGAGAUCACCCCACUGUGUUGGAGAUGCCAGGCAGAACGCGGCACACUGAUACACAUAUGGUGGGAAUGUAGGGACAUCGUCCCAUACUGGACGAUGAUUAAGGAAGCGAUAAUUGACAUCCUGGGAGACAUCCCGGAAUGGAGCGCGGAGCUAGCCCUGUUGCACAUCUCGACGCAACCCAUUAGGACGUACAAAAGAUCUAUAUUACGCCACCUGUUAAACGCGGCUAAAGCUAACAUACCGGCACUUUGGAAACAACGCAACAUACCGUCGAAGACAGAAUGGAUCCGCAGGGUGGAAGACAUAUAUGGGGCGGAAGACAUUCACGCCACCCUGACCGACCGUAAAAUGAAACAUACGGAGCUGUGGCUCCCUUGGUUCCUAUUCAUUACCCAAUACAGACAAAGAGCAGAUCCUCUUGAACCCACUAAUGGAGUGACAGCAGACGCUGGUUCCACUUGACGCAGACUAACCCACCCUACCUCCCUUUCUUUUAUACCUAUUCCUUCCAUAUCUUUCUUCACCUUUGCAAUCACUUAACUAAUGGGCUCCGGGUCUCGGGGCUGAGGGAGGGGGCUUAGGGGGAAAUAUUAGUAGACGUGCAAUUUGCUACACCCUCACGUCACGUAUGCUUUUAGUCCCCGCAGGAUCUGAACGAUAAAUCAUGGCUUGGGGAACACGAGAUAUUCUUAGAUACACAUACUACUGUGGCACAAACCGAAGUGAGGGACAAUACGUGUUCAUCACUUAUGGUUGUGCACCGAAAGGACCCACUUCACGCUCACCAAAUGCUAACGCUGGUACACACACCAAUGACGCAGCACAUUCACUCACAUUGACACUCGCGUUGUCAAUACCAACGACAUGUAACUCGCAACACGGGAUAUUAGCGUAUUGCAGGCUCUGCCAGGAUUGGUAACGACGCUGGCCUUCACGCAUGCUAGCCACGAACUGGGAAUACUCCCACUAUUUUUGCGUGCUAGGAUACACCUAGCGACACCAACACGGACCUACGGGCCCGAACCUAGCGGGAGCCAGUGGCUUGCCUUUCAUACAAUGACUUCAAUUAACCGUUUGAAAGACCAGGUAACACAGUGUUAUGUGGCUCCCGCCAUAAAUAGCUGAGAACGACCUCUCCCGACGCAACUCCCGUUUACCCUUUACGCACAUAUUGGCUAAGGGAAGCAACCUGUUUGUUACAGCCGUUCCAUUUUAUAUGAUACUACUGUUUCCCCUCGUUGUAUAAUUAUAUUGCUUUUAAAAUGUCGACCGCAUACUCACCCUGCAUGAAGACCUACGAGUCUCUCUAGGGGAAGUUAUGUGGAGAUUUGCAUAUCUCAUUGUAUUCUAUUUUGUGUACUAAUAUACUAUAGAAACCUGCGAGUUUCACAUUGUUUACCCACUCACUGCUUUCUACGUAGUGACCAAUCUCAAUAAAACGAUUUUCAAAAAGAAGGGGAGAGAUAAAAAAAAAAAUAAUUAUACAGAUUAAGAAUGCGUGAAUUAACAUCCAAGAACCCAGAAUAUACAUGAAGGCCUAUAUAUGUCACAGGGCCGUAUAUGUUAGAUGUCUAUUUCAAAGUUGGAAACUUGAGGCCGGAUUCGCGUUGACUGACCAGAGUCUGCGAAUCAGUACCGCUCCGUUCAAUAAUCUUUAGUUUUGUGCCUGGAAACACUCAAGAAUGUCCUUGCACCAUUUUUUACUUGAACCCAUCAGCUGCCAUGCCUGGAACAAAGAUCUCACUCACAUUGCCAUCAGCCCAAAUAACCACAAUGUUCAUAUUUACAAAAAAAGGUGUGAAUCUUUUUAAAGGAGCACAAUGGACACAUAACAGGUAUUGACUGGGCUCCUAAAAGUGACCGUAUUGUGACCUGUGGAGCUGACCGCAACACUUGCGUGUGUGGAGCUAGAAGGAUGGGGUUUGGAAACCAACAUUAGUUCUCUAUGUAUCAAUCGUGCUGCAACCUUUGUGAAGUGGUCUCCUCUUGAGAACAAGUUUGCUGUCGGGAGUGGAGCUAGACUAUUUCAAACUUCUAGUAGUCAUUCCCACGUAUUGCAGUCCACAUGGGCACUACUUUGGGACUUUUUAUUCUGUAUGCGGUGGUUUGGGGCUUUUUGCCUAGUGUAUUGUUUAUACAUAUUCUCACUGCUUAUUUGUCCCUUAUAUAUAUUUUUACUAGGUUAUCAAUAAAUUCUUGAUUCAUUUAUCUGUAUUAUGUGCUGCUUUCCUUCAAGUAUAUUGUUUUAGCCUUUUUAAGGCACCCUCCUGCUCAACCUAUAGAGCCUGGGACGGCUCUACGUCCUGUGAGUUCCAUCCUAUAUAGAGGUUUAUCAUAUAUUUACACAGUUUGCACUAUGUUUUUGUUUUCUAGACUGAUCCUGAUAUCUGCGUUUCUCAGACUGGUGUAGUACUUGACAGCAUUGUGUCUGUAGCAUAUGCUUCUAAAAACAUGAGUGUUACCCAGCUGAAGACAGUGUUCUUACCAUUGCGGAGUGUCAUCUUUAUAUCUUGGGGGGGUGGGGGAGGAGAGAGAGUCACAGGGACAAAUAUAUGAGAUGCCCAUUUCAAAGUUGGAAGUUUAACAGAGUAAUUAUCUGGGCCUGUGUCGCCUUUGAGAGAGUAGCCACACUCCCAAUCACACUGCUAAAAUUACUUUGUUCAUUUUAAAUGUUGGGCGGUAUGUUACAGUCCAAGGGUGGUAAGGUAUAAUGCCAUAAAAGUUAAGAGUAAAAUGUAUUUCUUGAAAAGUUCACUGCCAGUUACUGGACCGGAAUAGAAUAUUAGAAUACCGUUGCACUAUAUGAACAGAACUAUGGUUUUCUUGUUUUGUCUUCUCUCUUAUCAGCUGACUAUGACUUAUCGCUUAGACAGAUGUUAUUUUGCUCGAGCAUUGUGGUGCUCUUUUUUGUUUAACAUAUGUAAUUUUAUGUGUGUGAUUGUUAUGUGAUGACCGCCUGAUCACUAAGUCUAAAUAAAGAAUGGGGCGGGGGGGAAAGUUCAGUUGGAGAGAGGAGGCUAGGUUGGAUUCGUUCGAUUUAGGAAGGGAGGUGGGAGGAAGGAUGUAAAUAUAUUAUAUGUUUGGUAUGCAUUGCCCUUUCUACUAUAUUGUACUUGUAACUAGCUCCCCAACUUUUCCCACUACUCCUAAUCUAAAAAACAAAAAUUCAUUCAUAAUGAAAUCCAUUCAACUUCAACAAAUUUCAACUUGAAUUUUUUUUAGAAUGUUUUUUUUUUUUUUUUUUAAAUAUAUAUUUUUGGAGAAGCUUUAUCAAUAGAAUACACUAUUAAAGUCCGUGGGGUUCUUGUAGAUAAGUCAUUUGAAAAGUUUUUUUUAACAGAUUGUGAUCAUUUGAAAAGUUUGUCCAAACAUAUUAAAUCGAGGCCAAUGGCGUUAACUUGCCAAAAUUCGCUACCUCCGCAUUGCAAUAUAAUCUGCUUCUACCUAGCCUCAUGAUAAUUUAGAAUCUGAAUAAUUGAAGUAAACCAAUGGAGGAGAACCCCGACUCUAUAGAGGGAUAGACCCAUAUUUUGCUAAAAAUAAACAAAUAAAUACGGUUCAGGACAACCUCACAUCAAAUGUGUUUUCUGCACCUAGUGCCUACAACAAUCCGGUAUCAUUUAGUUCCCGUGCUGCUGCCCCCAGUGUUGGGAGGUAUGUACUACUGAUUUGCCCACAGUGUACGUUAACCUGUAAUAAGUAUACUGGGGCAGUCAGUCUAAACAGUUCAGGGUUAGGUCACAGGGAUCUCUCGUUUAUUAAAUUACUGCACUGAGUACUGCGUUACAGAUCUCCCACUCACAAAACAGCAACAAACACUUAAUUUUCACAUUGCCUCCAGUCCUGCUGUCAGCAGCAGUAAGUGACACUCAUUUCUCUAUCACAUCGAAUACAGCUCACAUUACAGUGAGUGAACACCGUGUGAGCCGCAGAGGUUAGCUAGAGUUCAUGUACCUUAACAAUGGCGGAUAACAAGGCUGUCCAUCUAUAGACCUCGAGGGCCACAAAUGCCUUAGGUGUUAUAGAAAACUGUUAAAUCAUGUGUCAUUGCACUCUAUUUGAAUAGAGUAACAUGUAAGGUGCUAAGUAAAUAAAUAUACACACUGUAUUACGACUGGCCUUACUAUACUUCCCUCUACUGUAAUAUGACCUAUAAACUGCUUUAUAGAUAUAAUAUACACACUCUGUAUAACUACUGCACUUACUGUACCUCCCUCUACCGUAAUGUAACCUAUAAACUGCUAUAUAUAUAUUAUACAUACGCUGUAUAACUACUGCACUUACUGUACCUUCCUCUACCGCAAUGUAACCUGUAAAGUGCUAUAUAGAUAUACAUACACUGUAUAACUACUGCACCUACUGUUCCUCCCUCUACCGUAAUGUAACCUAUAAAGUGCUAUAUAGAUAUAAUACACAUACACUGUAUAACUACUGGCCUUACUGUACCUUCACAUUAGGACUUUCCCAUAUAAAUCCUUUACUAUGGGGUUUUAGCUGACGAUGGAUGUCAUCAAGCACCUCCAGUGGCUGUUUGGUACACCUGUAACCUGUAAAGUGCUAAGAACACCUGUUAGUGCUCUAUAAUAUUUAAUCUCACUCUGUUCCUGUGCGUCCAACUCAACUAGUUGCAAAUACUUGACUGUUAGUCCAUCUUUUGUACAGCUCUGCAGAAUUUGUUGGCACUUAAUAAAUAAUAAUAAUAUAUAGAUAGAAUGUCAGGGUACCUUUUGUCAGGGUUCCUUUGAUUCAGCUGCAGGGUUCUGGGGAAAAGGUCUGGCGGCCUUCCAGCGUUGAUAGUCAUUCUCGCGCCGGCCGUCAUUACUCACCCAAACGUCCGAAAAUUGACAUUUUGGGGGCGUGGUUAUCAUCCCAGACAGAUCCAGUCACAAUAUAAAAAGGCUCCCAUGAGUUAGGUUCCUUGCCCUGUUGUGGUUCUUUGAUCCCAAUAGCGCGUUGUACUCUUGGUAUUUUCUGGUAUUGAACUUUGGCUUGUCUUGACUAUUCUUCCCUCUGGUAUCCGUUUGACCCAGCUUACGUAUUCUCGUUCUCCCUACCUCUGGCUCCCUGACCUCGGCUUGUCCUGUCUCUUCUUUAUUCUUUAGUAACCCUAGUCCGGCCAUUCUAAGGUCCGGUACAUUACUACUUUGCUUACUCUCUGUAGUUAGGAUCCCCCUUAUUCCUGACAUUACAACAGGGCCACUAUGGAUCCCACAGGAGUAAGUAACCAAGUAGACCCUGGCAAUAACCGCUUUGGGUAAAUGGACCAUCGCAUUAACCAAAUGGCUAUUGCAUUGCAAACCCUGAUUAACAGACCUAGUACUGGGCCUGAGGAGACUCGUAACGCUCCAGCAACUCUCCUUAACACUGGUCUUGAAGUAGCUACGGUAGGGGCCUCAUCUCAUGUUAAACCACCACUACCAGUCAAGUAUUUGCAACUAGAGCACCAGAGGCUUGUAGAGGUUUCCUAAACCAGAUUAACAUACAUUUUGAACUGCAACCUUGCUCAUACCCCACUGAUAGAGCCAAGGUAGGGUUCAUGAUAACCCUUCUACUGGAUAGAGCUUUUUCCCUCUUUGGGAAAAUGACAACCCCAUAGUAUACAACUAUACAGCGUUUGUGGAGGCAUUCAGGCGAACCUUUGAUCCUCCUGGAAGAAGGGCAAAUGCUGCCAGAACCCUCCUUCGCCUUAGACAGGGGAAUAGGUCUUUAGUGUACUAUUCCCUGGAAUUUAGAUCUUUAGCUUCCAAAGUAGCAUGGAAUUACCAGGCUUUUGUUGAUGUUUUCUUGAAUGGGGUAUCAGAAGCCAUGUUAAAUGAGAUAGCCACUAGGGAAAAAAAAAAAUCUAGAAAAUGUAAUAACAUUUAUGUCAUGCAUUGACGAAAGGAUGAGGUACAGGGAAAACACGAGACAGAACCAGAAGAACUCCUAGUUAUGCUACACCAUUACCCAAUGCACCUGAGUCGAUGGCACUUGCCUUGCCGGAACCCAUGCAGUUGGGGGCUACUAGGUUAACUGAGGCAGAACGCCAGUACAGAAGAAGGGAGGAACUAUGUCUCUAUUGUGGACAAAGAGGGCAUCUCCGUUUGUCUUGUCCAAACAGGCCGGGAAACUCUUGCACCUAAGUCCCUAUAGAGGACAGGCCUUGGGUGUUUCGUCAUUGUCCUCCAUAGAACUCCAAGAUCAAAGGCUACUUUGAUUACCUUACCUUGGGAAGAGAGAGUGAUUACAACAGCAGCAUUAAUUGACUCUGGUGCCGCGGAGAACUUUAUCGACCACGAUUUUGCACGAGAGAAUUCCAUUCCUUCUCAGUUAAGAGAUACACCCUUUGCCUGUUGAGGCCAUAGAUGGUAGACCCCUCCGGGUACCCAAAAUAAAUGAAACCAAACCAAUUUCUUUGUGGGUUGGUGUGUUACAUAAGGAGUAUUGUGUGUUCCAGGUAAUUUCAUCACUUGCUUUCCCAAUAGUGUUAGGAUUCCCUUGGCUAAGGAGGCAUAACCCUACUAUAGAUUGGGAGGGAGGUGAUAUAGUAGCCUGGAGGAACAACUGCCAUCAGGGGUGUAUUGCUCAAAUAAGACCUUUCUUUCUUACUAGUAUACCUACCACGGUUUUUGGUAAGGUCAAAGCCAAUUUGUUACCUAGCCACAGAGUAUACAACUGCACCAUUGACUUAUUACCAGGCACUAUGCCUCCCAAAGGUACUGUUUACCCUUGUUGGUCAAAGAAAAUACUGUACUUGAGGAGUACAUUAAAGAAAACCUUGAAAAUGGGUUCAUUAGGAAAUCCUCGUCACCCGCCGGGGUGGGAUUCUUUUUUGUGUCCAAGAAACAGGGAGAUCUCAGACCGUGCAUCGAUUAUAGAGGUUUGAAUAGGAUUACUGUAUGUAAUGCCUACCCUAUUCCUCUCAUAACGGAACUAUUUGAUAGAUUAAAAGGGGCCAAGAUUUUUACUAAGCUUGAUUUGAGGAGUGCAUAAAAUCUGGUUAGUAUUCGCAAAGGAGACGAGUGGAAGACAGCCUUUAACACCAGAUACGGGCAUUAUGAGUACACGGUGAUGCCUUUCGGGCUAUGUAACGCCCCAACUGUCUUCCAGAAUCUUAUCAAUGAUGUUUUAACGGAAUUCAAAUAAGAAUUCGUGAUUGUCUAUCUUGAUGAUAUUUUGAUUUUAUUCCAGGGAUCUGGUAACACAUCACCAACAAGUUUUGAAAGUCUUGACUAAACUGUUGUGAAAUAACUUAUAUUGUAAAUUAGAAAAAUGUCUGUUUGAUCAGUCUAAGAUUUCCUUUCUGGGUUAUGUAAUUUAUGGAGAAGGUUUUGAGAUGGAUCCCAAAAAAGUAGACUCGAUCCUCAAAUGGCCCAUUCCUAAUGGGUUAAAAGCUAUUCAGCAAUUCGUAGGGUUCUCAAAUUACUACAGGCGAUUCAUAAAAUAAUUUUCGUCUAUCAUCCCUUCCAUCACGAAUUUGUCUAAGAACGGUAUUAAUCCCAAGAAAUGGCCCAAAGAAGCUAUAAAAGCCUUCGAUACAUUAAAAACAGCCUUUAGUGGGUUGUAGACUCCGUCUCAUGCUACCACUAGAGUGAAAGCAUCGCCAGCAUUCAAAAGUGACCAAAACAUCAGCCAGGAAGCACAGGAACUGAGAAGUGGUCUGUGGUCACCACCUGCAGAACCACUCCUUUAUUGGGGGUAUCUUGCUAAUUGCCUCUAAUUUCCACCUGUUGUCUAUCCCAUUUGCACAACAGCAUGUAAAAUUGAUUGUCACUCAGUGUGGCUUCCUAAGUGGACAGUUUGAUUUCACAGAAGUGUGAUUGCUUUGGAGUUACAUUGUGUUGUUUAAGUGUUCCCUUUAUUUUUUUGAGCAGUGUAUUUCAUUCAUAUAAGCUAGUUGCUAGAAAAGUGUGCAAUAUGCAGGGCCCUUACCUGUUUGCAUGUAUCUCAUAUGUCCUCUUGCCGUUAUUUGUAUGUUAUGUUUUCUUCAGCCAUUGUACAGCACUGCAGACUAAGUUGGCUCUUUUUAAUAACUGCUCUGCAUUUUGUACAUCAGGGUAAGAAACAAGUGCCAAGGACACACUGAUAAACUAAUGAUGGAUGUUAGGCAAUAAUGCUAAUAAUACUAAUUUCCAGAUGAUGAUGAUGAUCAUAGGAGUUGUGGUCUUAUAGCAGUCUGAUAAUUGCAGAGCUACAAAGUUACAUACCCUAAGUUUAGGAGAGUGAAACAUGGAAUUUAUGUUAAAUGGAUUAACAGCAGCAUUUUCUUAAAGGCUUACUCCAAGUACCAUGAUCACUUUUGAUUUGAAGUGGUCAUGGUGCCUGUAGUCUGUAUGUACAGCUACUCCACUUCCAUCAGUCAUGAGGUGUCAUCAGCCAGCCUGGAACAAGUUCCUGGCUGGCUAAUGUCAAUUCUGUGCAAAUUCUCAUGCAUAAUGUGCCAUUCAUUAGCUAAGAGUGGUCAGCUGAUGCUCUCAGUGCCAUUCAUUGGCUGAGAGCGGCCAGCUGAUGCUGUCGGCCAAUGAAUGGUAACUGGAUCGGCUUUCUGCAGUUAUGCAGAGGCCAGAAGCAUUUUGUAAAGGGCUUAUUUAAAUGCAUUUCUACUUCUCCUCUUUGCCCUGUCGUGGUUUACCUAGUGAUUGUCUGAUAGUGUGUUUCUGAACGUUUAUUUCUGGUUAUUUGACUUUGGCUUUGUUUGACUUCCCUGUAUUCUGGUAUCCCUGACUUUUGGCUUUCCCUCAUCGUUGUGUCUCAUUCCGUGUCCCCGACCUCAGCAAGUAUUCUGACUAUUCUCUGGUACGUUAACUCCGGCCAUUCUAAGGCCCGUUAAGACGUUACCUGUUAGUCCUAGGAGUGAUACAGUUCUACGUGCCGGAUCAACUUGUAAUCCUGACACAAACUACGUUUUUUUUUUGUUUUUUUUAAUUAAUAUAUACAUAUAUUAAUAUAAAAAUACACUUAGCGUAAAAUGGCACACGUAUGUGUGUGUGUGUAUAUAUAUAUAUAUAUAUAUAUAUGUAUAUAAAAUAACUAUAUAUAUAUUGUAUAUAUUCUUAUAAAAAAUAAAUGAUUAAAAAUAAAUGUAAAAAUAAUAAAUAUAUUUUACAAAUUAUAUAUAUAUAUAUGUAAUUUUAUUCUAACUGUAUUUUGAUAUAAAUAUACAUAUGUAUAUCAAAAUACACUUGGAAUGAAAUUAUAUAUAUCUAUGUAUAUAUAAAUAAAUAAAAAUAAUAUGAAAUAUACAUAUGUACAUAUACGUACCGGUAAUUACAUAAACAUUUCAUAAAUAUACACGUAGACUUCAAAUAUAUAAAUAUGUAUAUAUAUUAAAAUUCUACAUGCAUAUUAAUGUAAUAUUUUUACAUAAUUAAGUAAAUUUAUUGAUUGCUAUUUUGGGGACCUGCCUGACAACCAGAGAAUUUAAUUUGCUAGCAUUGUAUUUAACCCUGUAACUUUCCAAGACACCCUAAAACCGGUUUAUAACAAAUUAUCCACUAAACACCCCAUGUGCACGUGAAUGGCUAAAGCUACUUAGCUUUUUCUGACAGCUUCCCAAGGCCCCUCCCCUGUUGGUGACCUCAAAUAAACAAGAUAUGGUAUAGAAAAUAUGGGAUACAGCGGAAACCAUAAAGCAAAAAAAAAAAAAAAAACAAUAGUGCAACACUGUAUAGUAUCAUUAGCAGUGCCCCCACUUUAUAUGGAACUCACAGACUCCAAGUGAUUCAGCGCCUUAAAGUUGCCUUCCCUUAUGAUGGAGGUGAGGAUCCUCUGUCAGCUUGUAGCUCUCCGGAUCAAAAUCAGGAAUCAGGUAGGUAAGUAUAAAAGGAUUUAUUCGAUUUAACAAAUCAAAAUAAAUAAAAAUGUAUAAAUGCAAUUUGGUGGCCGGUCCGUCGCGUUUUGUUUUGUUAGAAACUUCAUCAGGGACCCAAUUUUCACACCGUUACAAUGAUCAUACAUUAUCAGUAACAAUAAAUCGCCCUACCCAUCACCUAAGUUUGUUCUCUUAAAUAUGGCUGUUCCUGAUUUUCUCCGGUGUGUGUGGGGGGGGAGUUUCCAUCCAUUGCCCUAAUCGAUUUUCUCCUCGCAGCUAUUUGGAGUUUUUUUCACUUGCCACCCUGUAUAUCCAACAAUAUUAUUCAAUUUCUGGUUUGCGUUCCACCGCCUCCUUCCGUGCAUUCCAAAUUUUCAAUCAAACUUUAGUGUUCGUAUAGUCCCCAAUGUACAAAAUAACACAGGCAUGUUUGAAAGUUUUCAUCCAUUAUAUGAUAUGAUGAAAAUAAUGGUAUCUUUAGAAAGACCAUUUAAUGGCGGGAACAACAGUAUAUACAGUAAAUGAGUAAGAGGAAAACUACAGCUAAACUCACACACCGCAGAAAUGUAAAAAGAGCCCUGGUCCCAAACGGUAAGAAAAUUGAAAAGUGGUCUUGUCACUAAGGGGUUAAAGGGACACUAUAAGCACAAGAACAACUACAGCGUAAUGUAGUGGUUCUGGUGUCUAUAGUCUGUCCCUGCAGGCUCUUGACUGUAAACACAGCCCCUACUGCCUAGUAACACCUCCAGGGGCAGUAACUCAGACAUCCACUAGAGGUGCUUAUUGGGUCAGUGCUGCACAAAUCAUGAAUUGACUGAGAUUGUCAAUUCUGAUAAUGUCAGCGAAGGCUGAGCGGGGGUGGAGCCAGCUCUGACAGACCAGUACGACACUGGAAUUCCUUUAAUGUAUAAACCCCAUUAUUGGGUGGUAGACUAACUAGGAUUCAAACCUGGGGUUUCAAGUUAUAAAGCAGUGAUGUUAACAUUGUUCUAACCAGCCAUUAUAUGCAGCAUUUUGGCUAAUAACUCUUACUUACUUCUAAACCAGAGUAAUCUGAAUGUACCUUUCCUGGUUAAAUACUUUGUUGUUAUUAUUAUUAUUAACUCGUAUGUUCAGCAGAGCCAAAACAUUCUGAUACAUAUGUUUGCUUCCUGUGUUCCAGAGGACACCAAAUCUAGGCAGUACUUUCAGAAACUGGUCACUUGAUUGGUCUGGUUAACACCAAAGAGAGAAACCUUUCCAUUAUCUAGAAUCUUGCUUGGAAAUUCGCUAGAAUAAUGUAUAUAGUAACAAAAUGUUUCUCAUUGAAAUGUAUCCAUAUUAUGUUCAGACAGAGUGUGAUCUAAAACCGUUUUUACACAAUGUUCCAGUAGAAAAAAAAAGGUAAAAACACUUAAAAUACUAAGGCGAGCUGUAGUGGUUAUGGUUUAAGGAGUGGUCUAGUGUCCCCAAUGUAAAGAGUCUAAGCGUUGGAUAAAAGUUUGACUUAUUACCUGGUAUCUGAUCAGCCAAUGACCUUGCCUAGGAUAGCUAAUCAACGCUACUAGCAGAAACAUCUUAAACUCCAUACUGGAAGAGAGCGGUGCCCAUCGUACCCCAGUUACGAAGUUAAAAUUUGACAAAUGGUUUGACUACUUACGUGAAGGGGUACAAAGGCACUCAUGGCAUGAAAACCACUCUAGUGUGUGGACCAGCUUUGGGGAUAAACUGUUAGAAAGUUUGUUUAAUCCCAGAAGGUAAGACACUGCCCUGACACUCCUGUCCCCAUAACAACGACUAUAAGAUGAUGAUGUUAUGGUGGUAGGAAUGUUCCUUUAAGAAUACCUCUGUGGGCUUUAUAAUUUUCUUUAUAAAAUGUUAGGAGCAACUACAAAAUGAUUGCACUCCUGCUGUUUCUCACCUUGCCCUACAGAUAACGAUUGGCCCCCUGGAUAGCAGGUGACCUCACAUUGACCAUUUCGGCUGAGUUGCUGAUUAACUGUGAUGACCUUUUGCUGACUUCAUGUCUUUUCUGUCUUCGGACUGUCUGUUAUCAGCAAUCAGUGUUUCAGAAGUAAUCCCAGCCUGUGUGUGUAUUUAGCUAAGCAUGGCUGAAGAUCAAUUCAAACCACAAUGGGCUCUGAAGUGUCCCAGGCUUUCUGUUUUUUUUAAACAAAAAUUUCAAAUUUACUUUUUAUUGAAGAUUUCGGCAUGCAGAAAUAAAAAUCUUUUAAAAAGUGUUAUGUUUUCCUUGUUUGUAGGUUGCAAAACGGGUUUUUACUAUGCCUUGUAACUAGGGUAUGUGCUCUGUGGGUUACUUUGCCCUUUAACCCCGGGGCUUUAGGGGGGGGGGAGAGUGGUUUAUAAUCUAUGUAUGGGGCAUUCGCCUCGUCUUUUCGUGGCAUGUUGGCCUUGGCUGACCGGUAAGGUUAGGUCUAGGCUGUGAGUAUUAUAAAAUAACUGGUAUAACAUCAAGAAUGCAAUCUAAACUAACGACAUGUUAACUUAAAUCUGGGCGUAUAGUCGCCACCGGUUUCAAGGUACAGUCCCAGGGUAUUCAGCAGGUAUGUCCGUGGCAACACUGGGUAGCCCCAGUGUGGUCAUUAGGGUUGGAGCGUCCCCCAAGGAGGAAAUCUUAUAGUGGUUUUUGCCUUUGGUCACCCAUAGCGUUCUUGGAGUCGCCCAUCGGUAUGCAAUGCCCGCUGUUUGUAGGGUGGACGUGACGGGCUGCAGGCUCUUUCGCCACAAUAGGGUAUUUCUGCUUAAGGCCUGGAAAAAUGUAAGCUGGUGUGUUUCGAAGUCAUGCAGUGAUUUCCCUUUGACUCCUGUCAUCAGAGCAAUUUUCAUUGUCGUGGGGCUGCUUGUGGUACUAGUCGAGGUUUAGCAAUGUGAUAUACGCCAUCAAAUGUAAAAUGUUUCACUUGCUUAUUCGGAAGGAGAGAGGCCACCAAGCGCCUUAUGUAGCAGGGCAAUUCGUCUAGUGGUACCUCUUCUGGUACACCUCGUAUUUUGAUGUUCUUUCUUUUGCUCCUGUCUUUUAGUACGUUUAUUUGUCUAUUAACGUUAGCUUGAGCCUUUUGCAGCUGAGUGACUGUGUCUUUUAGGGAGGUGAGGCCCUGGCGCAGAUCUCUCACCUCUUGUUCCGCAGCGUGGGUGCGGGCUGACACCGCUUGUACUUCUGUUGCAAGUCCUUUUAGGUCAGCCUGCCACAUAAGCUGGAGAUUUCACUGGAGGCCAGUCAGCAUGAUCUUAAUGCCCUGUUUUGUGGCCGGAGUUAACUCUUCGGCGGGUUGCAUGUUCGCGCUGUCAGUGGCAGCCUGGGCUGUGCUGUGUGUAGAGUCCCCAUUCUCUGACCGCUCGGGUGAGACUGCCGUGGUGGUUCGAGUCCGCUGUUGCAUGGGAGUCUACAACAUGCUGCUUAUGUCCCUGUGCGGUAAGGAGUUGUUCUGGGCUGGUUUAUGGGACCUCCUUCCCAUUUCUUCCUGGGAGUAAAAGUCUGCGGCGGCAGAGUAUAAACUCGCCCCGAGCCACGAUGUUAGUUCCCUGUUCAGGGUCUGCUCGCGUGUAUGGUAAGCCCCAGUACCUUUUGGCGCAUCUGUGGAGUCGGCCGGUUGUCGGGAGUGUGUGCCUGCAGCUCGUUUUUACCAGUGAGGUUUAUUUUUGUUUUUUAAGCAUUUUUCCGCUCUUAGUUGUUAGAGCUGUUGGAAAUGGCGCCCUCUCCGCUGCGCUGCUAACUCCGCCCCCCAUGAAUGCAAUUUUAAGACGACAAACGGGAAUAAAACAGCAUUAACUGCUAUUUUCGCUUUGUAACAAAGCAUCGCUUUGUAACAAAGCAAUACAAAAAAUAAAGUUUGCCGCUGAAUGGCUAUAUUAUCAAACAAAACACAAACUGGGUCUUAUCGGUUUAGGACUAUGUGUUGAUAAGCAUUCUUUUUCCUGGUGCAUGGUAUUGUGGGACUUGAGAUUCAAGGUCACAUCCUAAAAGUUCAUAGCUGUGACAUUCAAGAACGCCUCGUAACCUAGUAUAUCUGAACAUGUACUGAUUGGCUACUGGAGCGUAAUAUAAAAUAAAGGCCACACUAGGUGGAGUUGCACUAGCAUAGAGGUAACAGAACAUCUUCUCGCGCAACUGACAUCAAAACAAAACACUAAGCCCUCUGUGAAUACUUUCCUAGCAACCUACUUUACUACCAUAGCCUUACCUUCUGUGUCACUAUUCCCCCACCACUAGCAUGUAAGAUCAUUGAGCAGGGCCCUCAAUACCUCUGUUCCUGUGUGUCCAAUUUACAUUGCCGUUAGUCCAUUCAAUGUACAGCGCUGCGGAAUUUGUUGGUGCUUUAUAAAUAAUAAUAAUAAUUAUCCCAGAUGGAAUGGCUCAUUAGAUUAUUUUACAUAUUUUUAAUAUAUAUGAUUGCCUACCUCUGUAUAUCGCUCAUGGUCCAAUUUUGUGUGUCCAACUUGUCUGGUUACAACUACAUGUCUGUUCGUCCACCCAUUGUAAAGCGAUGCGGAAUUUGAUGGCGCUAUAUAAAUAUCAUAAUAAUAAUAAUAAUGUGCAGCAAAGCAGUGAGUUUCUCUGAUCCAAUCCUUCUUUUAGUGAAAUUUAUUUACAAAUUCUCACACAGACGACAGACAAAAAAAAAAAAAAUGUAUCACACUUACUUUAUCAAAUAUCUCUCAUUUAGUCUCUGUUUUGGUGUUAUUACUGCUUUAUACUGCCCUAUUGAAAACAAAAACAAAGCGCAGAUUUUCAAAUUCUAGACACAUCUUUAUUGAGAAUAGUCCAAUCUUCCCACUUGCAUUCUUAUUACAACCUGUUUAUUUUACAGGAAACAAUCAAUUAGUUCUGACUGAGCUGAUGAAGAGAGCUGCGGUGGCCGAAUGUCCGUAACAAACUGAAGUGGUAAGUAUGGGUUUCUGAAACCAGAUUGACAUUUGGUUUAUAUCUCAUCAUGCAUAUUGUUUGGAAAAAUUACAUUUAUUUGUUGCCCAUUAUUUAUUUAAACACUUAAUUUGCCACUGGUUUCCCAGUUUGAAACCAGCGACUUUACCACUGCUCUGACCAAGAGAGAUGAUAUAGUUUACACAGAUAAUAUUGUAAAGCGCUACGGAAUCCGUUGGCGCUAUAUAAAUGCCUAUAAUACGGUGUGAACAGAACAGAGUUUCUUUAGAAGCUUAUUGCAGCUCUCAGUGAGACAUUUAAAUCUUGGUUUAUAUUAGAUAAAACAACAAAUUAUUUAGACACCACAGACCAUUGUUGUUAAGGAGUAAAAUGUACUAAUGUCAUUUCCGGUUUUAAAAAUAAUCUUGUUUUCUUUGUUAGUUUUUGUGGCGUCCAAGAUGGUGGUGAACUCUCCGUCCCCUCUUCCAGAACGGGCUAUUUAUGGUUUUGUCCUAUACCUGAGCUCUCAAUUUGGAUUUAGUGAGUAUGGAGAAGUAAAUGUCAUUUACUUAUAUUUGGAUUCCGUAGCAGUUACUUUUGUAUCAUAACAGGCUGACCAUGUGCGCCGGUUGGGUGAGCCACAAGCCUCGUGUGGUCCAUGCUGCUCAUAGGUAGAGAGAAAAAGCACGGCACUGGUUGGUAAAAGUAGUACUCAUUGAAAAGAGAAGAUUCAACAUAUAAGACUGCCUGUUACAGUGACCUGUUUUGACAACUCUCUUGCUGCAGAAAGUGCUUAUAAUGCUGCGUUCUGGAACAGAACCUCUUCUUAUUUGGAAUGUGUUCUUUAUCAGUUCGGCUGUGCCGAAUCAUAGUUAAAUAUGUAUUCCCGUGUUUUCCAGCACAGCCAAGCUGACAGAAUUCAGUAGGCAUUGGUUGACUAUUUAAACCUCAGUUUUGCAUUGCACUAGUAACCUUUCGCAGUUACUAUGACCAUUUAGUAUGUUACUUGUUUUAUCAUUUUGAUUGUUACGAUUUUUGACUUGCCUACUGUUCACUGUGAUAUCAUUUACUCAAAUUGUGUUUGUUUUUAUAUCCUUGUCCUCCGCUAGUUAUUUGACUAUUCUUUUUUGUUUUGUUUUUAAAUUCCUUGUGUCCCAUUCCACAUGGGAGUAUAGCAUAGUCAAUACAACGUGUCACAGAAUAAGUCAUCAUAACUGCGGUCACUGGUACAGAGAAAACAUACAAAAAAUGCAAAGUAGUGCAUUAUAAUGGCAUGCCUAUAUUUGUACAGAUAUGAAUACAUGCACAGUAUACAAAUAAAUUUAAAUAUAUGUGAUAUGCAGUGGCAUACUUACCAUGAUCGCAGCUGUGACCGGGCCCCUCACCAUGCGCCGCCUGGAUAACUUAUGGGCGGGUGCACAUCCGCACCAGCCCGGGUCUGCGGUUCCUGAUACUGGCAGGAGGGGAGAGCUGUGUUGUGUUGCUCCCCUCCUGCCUGUGUGUAGCUUGGCCGGGCAGUCUGACAGAAAGUGCUCACUGAACCGCGCAGAGAAAUGUUGGUCCUGGAAGGGAGAGACAGGUAGGAAUGGGACACAGAGAGAGGGAACAAUGGGACACAUGCAGUGGAGGGGGAGAGUGGGAACAAUGGGACACAUGGAGGGGGGAGAGAGGUAACAAUGGGACACAGGGAGGGGCAGGGGAGAGAGAGAGGUAGGAAUUGAAAACAGGGAGGGGAGGGGGAGAGCGGGAACAAUGGGACAGGUGGAGGGGAGGGGGGGCAGAGGUAGGUAGGAAUGGGACACUUAGAGGGGGAGAGAGGUAGGAAUGGGACACAUUGUGGAGGGGGAGAGAAUGGGAAACAUAGAGGGGCUGAGGGGAGAGGAAUGGGACACAUGGAGGGGCUAGUAGGGGAGGAGGGUAUAGGACACAUGGAUGGGCUAGGGAGGGGGAGGAGGAGGGUAUGGGACACAUGGAGGGGCUAGGGACGGGGAAGAGGGUAUGGGACACAUGGAGGGGCUAAGGGGGAGGAGGGUAAAGGACACAUGGAUGGGCUAGGGAGGGGGUAUGGACACAUGGAGGGGCUAGUAGGGGAGAAGGGUAUAGGACACAUGGAUGGGCUAGGGAGGGGGAGGAGGGUAUGGGACACAUGGAGGGGCUAAGGGGGAGUAGGGUAUAGAACACAUGGAUGGGCUAGUAGGGGAGGACACAUGGAUAUACUAGGGAGGGGGGUAUGGACACAUGGAGGGGCUAGUAGGGGAGGAGGGUAUAGGACACAUGGAUGGGCUAGGGAGGGGGAGGAGGGUAUGGGACACAUGGAGGGGCUAAGGGGGAGUAGGGUAUAGGACACAUGGAUGGGCUAGUAGGGGAGGACACAUGGAUAUACUAGGGAGGGGGGUAUGGACACAUGGAGGGGCUAGUAGGGGAGGAGGGUAUAGUGAUGGGCUAGUAGGGGAGGAGGGUAUAGGACACAUGGAUGGGCUAAGGAGGGGGAGGAGGGUAUGGGACACAUGGAGGGGCUAAGGGGGGAGGAGGGAAUGUGACACAUAGAGUGGCAGAGGGAAUGAGACACAUGGAGGGGCUUUGGGGUCAAGGGAAUUAGACAAAUGGGGGGCCUGGGCAUGGAAAUGAGAAACGGAGAGGGGGGGAGUGAAUGAAACAAAGAGGAGGGGCCCCAGGGAAAUUUUCGCACUUUUUUUUCACCUAAUGAUGCCUAGUUUUAAACCAUCCAGAUACAUUCAUACUAAAGGUUGUGUUGUAAUGUGCUCUUUUGUUUUUUGUUCUUUGUAGUUCUAUACUUGACGUGGGCCUUUGUUCCCGAAUCGUGGUUACAUUCAUUAGGACUGACUUAUUGGCCCCAGAAGUAAGUGCUCAACGAAAAUGUACGUGAUAAACAUUCUAACUUAUUUAGGAUUAAAAGCAGCUUAAAUGUGGUUUCACAAACGAACCUGAUACUCACUGCUAACAUCCAUAUUUAUUCUGUGUAAUUAAUUAACAGCAUUUUCAGUGUAUCUAUAUACGUUUGUCCCCUAUAUCAUGGCCCACAAGCACAGCUGGUUUAAACUGUUGGUCAGUGGGUAGGAGGUGAGAUUUUCAUUAGCUGCACAUAGAAGCCUUUUAGACGGCAUUUAAUUAUGGCCCAUAGGGUAACAGUCACUCAGAAGCCAAAUUAGAUGCUGCGUGGAAAGGUGCUUAAUGUGUCAUUAUAUUAUAAUCAGGAAGCACUGACCCAGAUCAUGCCACCAGCUGUGCUCUUCAAACACUUUAUCGGGGCAGGAACAAGUAGAGCACAGGUCGAGGGAACUCCAUAUGGAAGGAGCAUAUAUUGAGAAAGAAGGGUAUUAUGAACAGAUACUAUUGCUUAGGGAAUAAUGGAGCUUACAUAGUUGGAUGAUGUUUUACUUUAAUAAUAUGAAGGAAAGGGAAGUGGUGUGAUGGGGGAGGUAGACUGAACUCAUGGUGGGAAGGUGGCCUGAGAUGGUGAGGGAGAAAUAGAGACUCACAGAGGGUGGGAAAGGUGGUAAUAUGCCAUGGCUUUGGGCAGUGAGAGACUCAUAUGUACUGUGGGAGUUGGGGUGAUAUCAUGGGAAAAAGACAAAUUGGAAGUAGUCUGAUAUAAUAAGGGCUAAAACCAUUCUCCAUCACUAUAAUAAUAACAUUGAACAAUCAAUCCAGGAUGGUGUAACAUCCAUUAUUCCGCUCAGUGAAACACAAAUAUCAAUAUUUAAAGCAAGAUGAACCACCUUGAGAUUGAUUUUGCCACAUACUUUGCAUCACUGAGCAGGUGAUGGUUAAUGCAGGAUAGCAAAAACAUUGCUGGAUAAUUGCUGAUCCAAUCUAUGUUCAGGUAACAAGGACAGAUCGGAAGAAAAAGCAAGCUAAUCACAUUGUUUCUUUGUUUCUUUGCAGGUACUGGGCAGUAGCGGUGCCCGUCUACCUCCUUGUUGUACUGGGAAUUGCCUAUGUCCUUCUCUUUGGUAUAAACAUGAUGAGCACCGCUCCUCUGAACUCCACACAUACAGUCACAGGUAACUCGCACCCAUACUGAUUGGGCUUCCAGGGCAGACCAUGGGUGGAAAAAUAGACACCAUAUCCAUGAACAUAUACAGGAAAUGGCACAUAGUGUUAGCACAGACAAUGGGGUUUAACAGAAAAUGAGUUGGAGCUUGUUAAAAAGCCCCUUCCUUUUCAUUGCUCCCACAAGAAAAGGGUCACUUUUUAAACAAUAUGGGAAAUAUUGUCCUGUUUCAAUGAUAAUUAUCUCUGUAGGACAUACACCUACUGUAUGUUCACUUACGCUUUAUGGGAGAUGAACAUGUGAACAAUGAAAACAGAUGUGUAUCAUUUUAUAACUUUGAUAUGGACAGAAUUAUCAUCUAAUUGUUUCAAAGAGAAACCGAAGUGAAGCAUUUUUUUCCGCUUUUGCAGUAUGAUUGGAAAUUGCUUCAAAGUAGUUUGUUUUGCUUUCUUUUGGCUCAGCCAUUUCGAGGUCAGCCAUUACUGUUGCAGACAUCAUAGUCAUUCAUUCAACAACUGUAUGGAUGGUGUACCUUGAUAGAAAAUUUGUGGGCAGCAUGGUUACAGUCACAUGAGACGAUAGAGACACAUGGUAGGAUAGUUAGCUUUUUGGUGCCAAUAGUGUAACAGGACGUUUCACAGUGCAACUAAGCACCACUCUACACUCUGCCUCUCCCGAUUUAUGUAAAGUAGCAAAACUGGGGGCAUAGUGAGCACCCCUAUUCCAAUGCAUUCUGAACUGUUCAUCAACUAACUUGUCUGAUAGUUAUUGCCAAUAUGGAACCCCAGGUAUGUUUAAAACAAUAUCACUAUACCCUCUCUCAGUCUUUGGAGUGCAUGGUUUGCAAUGUAGAGCACACCAUUAACAACUUAAAGUAUUUCCUUACAGAUAUGUAUGCCAGCAAUCAGCAGACUAAAGAAUACCAGGAGGGCACAAUCCCUGCGAUCAAGGAUAUCCCUAUCAGCGAAGUCAACAAAAUGUUCUUUCUUUCAAACAAAACAUUUCCGCACGAAUCUUCUAGAGCCAGAAUACCGACACCAAACACAUGAAAUGCUCGUGAACAAGUUGUGUUGUUGUUGUUUUUUCUUGUAACUUUUUUUUUUUUUGUAUUUAUUUCUGAUUUGGAUGAUUUUACUAAAAUAAAAAAUAAAUUUUGCCAUAGGACUGUUUCUCUGGGAGAAUAAUUCAGUAAUUAAAAUUUUCUCAAAUAAUAAUUUUCGCCAAGCCACUAAUAAACUGAAACUACUAAUUGUGGUUAUGAUUAUUAGUUUAAAAUUGACCCAUGGAUCUUCUUGGUUUGGUUGUACAUCCAUAAAAAAAAUGUAAGGUUAUAUAAAUGAGGGAAAUUUGUGUUUAUAGUUUGAUUUUGGCUUAUACGCUGUUUAACAUAGGAUGUCCCUUUUUAUUGGUCUGCGAAUUCCCAUCGGUGGAACAAGGCCUGCAAGCUGCAGGGUGCCAUCAGGUGGCUCUCACACUUGGAGCUACCCAAUUAGCAUCUCUGACCAACGAGCCCCAUCAGGUGCUGCGGCCCUUUAGCAGUGCAACCUGACCCCUGUUAGAGCCAGAGGUGCCACCCAGUAGGAAGAAAGUUCAGGUCACUUCCUCCAAGCUUUUAGCGAGAGUUGGGAGGGCAAAAAAGAGAGGGGUGAGGAAGAAGAGCUUCAGACAAUCAGCCAGAUUCACUGGACCCGAGAGAACCCACUGUAUAACAACUGAGGAUCUACCUUUUGGUCACCAUUGCAAUACAGAGGGGCCUAAAAAUUCCUCACAUCAGGGCCAUCUCUUAGUAUUAGUUGUGCCACUGCACUGCUCAGACCAAUCUUUGUACGAGUGAUAGUAUUUUUAGAGUUUUCUGGUUCAAGUUUACAAACCAUGAGGGAGUUAUAUCUAUUUAAUUAAAAAUAAAGUCGCUGUUUAAUCCGUAAACGGUGUAUUUUCGAAUAACACUUUCUGUAUCCUAGUUAUUGAUAUGGG